AACGCACCCUAACGGAUGUCGCAGCUUCCUGUUUGGCUCCAUCGGUGGCGGGAGAUCGCAGCAUGGCGGUGCAACCGAAGCAGAACCAGAACCUGUCCCUGGACAGCGCGGCCGAACACGGCUUUCUGAACUUCAUAUUCUCUAUGCCGGAGAAACCGGACACAACCUUCAGGAUAUUCGACCGGAACGACUACUACACCGUCCACGGGAAAGACGCCAUAUUUGCUGCCAAGGAGGUUUUUAAGACUAACGGAGUCAUCAAAUAUCUGGGCUCAGGGAGCCGUAAGCUGGAGAGCGUGAUCCUGAGCAAGCUGAACUUCGAGGCCUUUGCGAAGGAUCUGUUGCUGGUGAAGCAGUACCGAGUGGAGGUAUAUAGGAACCAAAGCAAGAGCAGCAAGGAGCACGACUGGAGGAUCGAGUACAAGGCCUCUCCAGGAAACCUGACCCAGUUCGAGGACAUUCUGUUCGGCGGAGGAAGCGGAGGCGAGGGAUGCGCGGGAGUGGUCGCCGUGCGGUUUGCGACGGGAGCCGACGGACAGCGAGUGGUCGGGGUCGGCUACGUGGACGCAGCCCAGAGGACCAUGGGGGUGUGUGAGUUUCCGGACAACGAGAUCUUCUCCAACCUGGAGUCUCUACUCGUCCAGAUCAGCCCCAAAGAGUGUCUGCUGGCUCAGGGAGAAUGCAGCGCUGAGGGGAACAAGCUCCGGGAGGUGGUGCAACGUGGCGGCGUUCUGGUCUCUGACAGGAAGAGAGCAGAGUUCAGCAGCAAGGACAUCGUCCAGGAUCUCAACAGGCUACUGCGAUCUAAGAGAGGAGAGACGAUGGCGAGCAACACGCUGCCUGAACUGGACAAGCAGGUGGCCAUGUCAUGUUUGGCUGCUGUGGUUCGAUUCCUCGAACUUCUCUCCGAUGAGUCGAACUUCAACUCUUUCAGCCUCACAACGCUGGGGCUGGGGCAGUACAUGAGGCUGGACAACGCCGCCGUCAGGGCUCUCAACCUCUUCCAGGGUUCGCCUGACGACACCAGUGGAGCUCAUUCAUUGGCCGGUUUGUUGAACAAGUGCCGCACUCCGCAGGGUCAGCGGCUGGUCAACCAGUGGAUCAAACAACCACUUAUGGACAAAACCAAAAUAGAGGAAAGACUGGACCUUGUGGAGAGUUUUGUGUGCGACUCGGAGCUGAGGCAGACUUGUCAGGAGGAUCUGCUGCGACGCUUUCCAGAUCUCCACCGCCUUGCCAAAAAGUUUCACCGUCACACGGCGACGCUGCAAGACUGUUACCGCGUCUACCAGGCCGUGAGUCACAUCCCCGCUCUGAUCACGGCUCUGGAGAGCUACUCAGGCAGCUACAAGGUGUUGCUGCACGCGGUGUUCACCUCGCCUCUCACUGACCUGCAGACGGAUUUCAUCAAGUACCAGGAGAUGAUUGAAACCACUCUGGACGUGAAUCAGAUCGAACACCAUGAGUUCCUGGUGAAGGCGUCGUUCGAUCCCGCUCUGAGUGAGCUCAGGGAGAAGAUGGACGCUCUGGAGAAAAGCAUGCAGGCUGUGCUGAGCAGUGCAGCCAGAGAACUAGGUCUGGAAGCCGGUAAGACGGUGAAGCUGGAGUCCAACGCCAUUCUGGGCUUCUACCUGCGGGUCACGUGCAAGGAGGAGAAGAGUCUGAGGAACAACAAGAAGUUCACCACGCUGGAUGUUCAGAAGAACGGCGUUCGCUUCACAAACAGCAAGCUGAGCUCUCUGAACGAGGAGUACACCAGGAACAGGGAAGAGUACGAGGAGGCCCAGAACGCCAUUGUCAAAGAGAUCAUCAACAUCGCCUCAGGUUACGUGGAUCCCCUUCAGACGCUGAGUGACGUCAUCGCGCAGCUCGACGCGGUGGCGAGCUUCGCCGUGGCGUCGGUGUCCGCUCCGGUUCCGUACGUCCGGCCCCAACUGCUGGACGACGGCCGCAGGCGUCUGGAGCUGCUGCAGGCCAGACAUCCCUGCAUGGAGACGGACGCGGACACCGCCUUCAUACCCAACGACAUCAGCUUCGUCCAGGGGGAGAAGAGCUUCUAUAUUAUAACAGGACCAAACAUGGGAGGGAAGUCCACAUUUAUCCGUCAGGUGGGUCUGAUCGCGCUGAUGGCUCAGAUCGGCUGCUUCGUGCCGUGCGAGAAGGCUGAGCUCAGCGUGAUCGACAGCGUUCUGGCCCGAGUGGGAGCAGGAGACAGCCAGGUGAAGGGAGUGUCCACCUUCAUGUCUGAGAUGUUGGAAACUGCCGCCAUCCUCCGCUCUGCCACGGAAAACUCGCUCAUCAUCAUCGAUGAGCUCGGCAGGGGAACCUCUACGUACGACGGCUUCGGGCUGGCCUGGGCCAUCAGUGAACACAUCUCCUCCAAAAUCAACUGUUUCUGCCUCUUCGCCACACACUUCCACGAGCUGACGGCCUUGGCGGCACAGCAGCCGGCCGUCCACAACCUGCACGUCACCGCCCUGACGACCCACAACACGCUCACAAUGCUGUACCGAGUCAAACCAGGUGUGUGCGACCAGAGUUUUGGGAUCCACGUCGCUGAGCUGGCCUGCUUCCCCCCGUCGGUGCUGGCCGUGGCGAGGGAGAAGGCGGAGGAGCUGGAGGAGUUCCAGGAACCUGUGGGGGACGAUUCGAAGCGGGACGAAGAGCCCGAGGUCAAGAGACGGCGGACAGAUAAGCAAGUGGGAGAAAAGCUGAUCCAGGACUUCCUGGAGAAGGUGAAGGCACUUCCUGUCGUCACCAUGACUGAGGAGGAGGUGAAGGCAGAGCUCAGGAGAAUAAAGCAGGACUUGGUGGCCAAAAAUAACACGUACAUCAGUGAGAUACUUGCCCGCUGCGCUCCUGUAAAAACUGCCUGACUUUUACAUUUUUUUUCUCUAAAUGCUCAUGUUCACCUAAAGCUCAUGUAGGAAUAGAGUUGAGAUUAGAGUGCCUAUAAUCUAUAAGUUUUUCAAUAAAGAAUUUCUCUUAAUUUGCUUUCCACCAA